AUGGCCUGGUUAGUUGAUGAGUUCCGAGGGCAAUCAACUGUCUAUGGGAAGAUCUCCGUCGCGAUCUACAGCUUCAUCAUCAUCUUCGGAAGCCUCACCACCAUCAUGGGCAUGAUUGCCCCCAUUGCUUCAGCUGACUGCAUGGCGGAUUCCUUUUCACCAGACCAUCCCAAGAAGGGGCAAGUCGACCAGCUGGUUUGGUUCAAAGCCAUAGGUCGCACCUCCGGUGCUUUGGGAACCACCUUUCUCCUUGCCGUCUACAUGCUUGGACAUAAUACCAAGUCGUGCCUUCUCCUGUUCGCGUGGGGAUUUCUCAGCUACCUGAACUUUGCGGUGGUGAUACCGAACGAUCUCCUGGAGUCGGGCGGCUCUGAAGCAGGUCAGACAUGCAUGCAAAAUGUGCGAACGCAGGUCGCUGCCUUUGCAGUCUUGGAAGCUCUCUGUGUGCUGUGUGCCUGGCUGGAGGAGCGGUCCAGACCAUGCCGCUCUAAUAUGCUACCCUUGAAUACUGCAACUGAAGUGUAG